AUGAUUCUCCUACUUCCUGAAGACCGCCCAUUGAUGAAUGAACUCGACUUUCUCAAGGAUCGAGAGUACUCCUUCGCCAGCCCCGACUACAAAUGGGAUGCCCAAUCGCGGAAAGAGCAGCGACCUACAUCGUUCCACAAGGUAGCCGACAUGUUCACUCUGCUGGAGGAGACGCUGCCGGCCGAGGGCUGCACCUGCAUUCUAGGCACGCCGCAGCCCAGCCUGGCCGACAUUGAAGCCGGAGGGUCGCUCAAUUUCAUCCUCAAGAUCCCCAGCGCGCUGCCCGAGGCGUAG